AUGCUGCCAACUGAGUUAAACCAGUUUUUGCCUAAGUAGCUAAAUCAGAUCUUUAAUUUAAAUAAUAUGGAUAUGGAUUUUGGUUAUCUUGAAAGAUUAAUGAAAGUUAUCAAAAAUAUUGAUCCCAAUUUUGAAGGAUUAUGGCCAUAUAUCUAUUAUUCUUACAGCAAUGUCAAAGCUAGAGCAGUAAGAAUUAUUAAAUAUCGAAAUGAUGAAAGCAAAGCUAUUCAUCAUUAUGUUACUCACCCAGGAACAAGACUCAAAUUUAUUUUAGUUGGUAAUGUUGGUGUACAAUAUCCAGGAAUUGAUGAUAUUAUUCCUUAAGCCACAUUCAGUGUUUCACUUGGAGCAUUCAUUGAUUCUCCUAAUAGAUUAAAACCACAAUUAGAAAAGAUAGGAACACUAAAUUCAUUUGUUAUAGCUAAUUCAGUUCUUAUUGAUUAUUAGAUUGUUAGAGAUAAAAGAAACAGAUCCUGUUGAAAGCAUAAGAUUCCACAUGGAUAUGCAAUAGAUGGAUGGUUUAAAUAGGUACUAACUGCACGAGAAGCUUGGCACAACUUAUUGAGAGUUACCAACAAAUCAUCUUCAACAGAUGUAGAAAUAUAGUUUGA